UACAGACAGUCUGAGGUGGUGGUGAAAGUGAACAGUAAUCGUAUGUGGCAGAGGAAUUAUUGGUUAAAAUAACAAACAAAUAAACAAGCAAAUAAAUACGUGCUGCCACUUUGGAUACGUUCGGAAACUGAAGAGAUGAGAUCCUAUGCUGUACUGUGUGCCCUUGUGCAGCUCGCUUUUGAGCUAUCGUCAUGCACACGUCUCCAGGUGGUACCUGGUUCCACUGUAGAUCUGCCAUGUCGUAUGUUCCAAUCUGAUAAUGCUGAAGCCGUCAUUACUUGGAAAUUCAAUGGUAAGGAUAUCAGUGAAUCGUCACCAGGCUCUUUCAGAACGAAAAAGAACGGCUUCUAUCUGUCUAUUUUGACUGUAACUGCUGCCAAUGAGGGCGAGUAUGUGUGCUUGUGGAAGGAGAACAAUGUUGAGUUAAUGAACACGUACGACAUCGUAGUUGAUGCGUCAGUGAGCUAUGCCAUUAAGGUUAUCGAAGGCUCAAGUGUUCACCUGCCUUGUCAUUUCCCACUGAGCACCCAAGUCAAUUCCAAUGCUCUUUGGUUCAGAGAGACAUAUGCUGGUACAAGUACAGUGCUGACUCUUGGAAAUCAGUCAAGCGAUGGUAACAACAGACUGAAGCUGCUUUAUCCUGAUGACCAUGAUCAAACCAUUCUACUCAGAGACACAGUCAUGGACGAUGCUGGUAUUUACCAGUGUAGAUCUGAGGCUGGGGUGAAGUUAAGCACCAUACAUGUUAUUGUUGAAGCUGCACCGACUCCUGCUCCUCACAUGUGUAAGGGCUUCACCACAGCAUGGGAGCCAUGUGAGGACACCAGCAGCCACUUAGGGGAGCACAUGCUGAAGGAGUCAAUGACAGAAUUCUCCAUGAAGAUCUACUCCUUCCUCAGAGAGUCAAAUCCCUCCAGUAACUUGCUCUUUUCUCCCAUCAGCAUCAAUGGGAUGCUCUCCCAUUUGUUGCUUGGUGCAAGGGGUGACACACGCAAAGCCAUCGAAGCGGCAAUUUAUGUGCCUCAGAAAUUCUACUGUGUUCACUUCCAGAUGAAGAAGCUGAGAGAGAAGCUGGUCACUUCCUUGCAGAUGGCUUCUCAGAUCUACUAUAAGUCAGAAAUGGAUCUGAGUGAUUCCUUUACAAACCAGUCCAUUCAAUUCUAUGAAGCAGAGCCUACCAGACUGUUGAACAACAGCGAGGAGAACACGCAGAUGAUUAACAGCUGGGUGGCAAAUAAAACAAGAAAUCAAAUCACACAUUUGGUUGACUUCAUUUCUCCCGCUACACAACUGAUCCUGCUCAACGCUGUCUCCUUCAGCGGUCAAUGGAAAGUCAAGUUUGAUGUGAAUCCAAAACAGGAAUUAUUCACAACACUGAAUGGUGAUAUGGUAUUUGUGCCAAUCCUCACUCACGAUGACUACCCUUUGGAAAUGAUGUAUGACCCUGCGCUAGAGACACAGGUGGGGAGGUUCGCUCUCUCAGGUGACAGCAGUCUUUACAUCCUGUUGCCACCCUCCAACACAAUUAUUGAUCUACAACGAGUGGAGGAAAAGAUGACAGACUCAUCUGUGCGACAGAUGAUAGAAAAAAUGAAAAAAACCCGUCCUCAGUAUCUUGAGGUUAUUCUGCCCCAAAUCAAACUGGAAGUCCAGCCAGACAUGAAUGUACUUUUGAAGAAUUUAGGGCUCUCGUCACUCUUUGAGGGUGCCAACCUGUGUGGCCUCUCCCCUGAAGGGAUGCUGGUUUUGGAUGAUGCCAGGCACAAGGCCUUCCUCACACUUACCGAACAAGGAGUAGAGGCUGCUGCUGCUACCAGUCUAUCAUUCUCUCGCACACGCAACUCUUUCUCUGCCAUGAGGCCUUUCAUCCUGCUGCUGUGGAGUGACCAGGCCAAUGUGCCACUCUUUGUUGGCAGGGUGACCAACCCAUAACCAAGAGAGAGAGAGAGAGAGCGAGAGAGAGAGAGAGAGAAGUUCAAGAUAGAGUGAAGAUAACACAUGAGUAGAAAAGAUACAAUAAUAUGAUGGAUAAAAUGUAUGAUGUCAUCACUGUUACUGAAAGCUGUCUUGAACUUUCAAAAUAUGACAUGAAACAAUGUUAAGCCGGUGUUUUUAAGUGUUGCUUUCUAAAGCAAGAAACACUGGAUACAACUUUAAAGAUGAUGAUUUAAAAACAAAACAAGCAAAUAAAAAAAACACACACACA